CAACGUAGAAGGAAAUUAGAUAUCAAUGUCCAGAUCUGUCACGUUUGCUGUCUAACUGCUAGCCAACCAUCCCUUUCGACAAUUAAACCCUAACCCACCCUAGUUUCAAAUUCCCAUCUCAAAGUAGAAGGAAAUUAGAUAUCAAUGUCCAGAUCUGUCACGUUUGCUGUCUAACUGCUAAAUGCAUCAUGUUUGUAUUUGUUUGUCAUCCACCUGCCUCAUUCUUCCUCUCUCAGUGUUAGUUGACUUUAAAUGUGAUGCCAGACCACUCCACCUUCCAAUGGAUUAAUCAAAUUCUAUUCUCUCUCUUCAUUACCAGCACCAUCAACAGAACCUCAUGGUUCCCACCCAGUUGGUUAGCUGUGAUGUAGAUAGAACCAUCAGCCACAAAAUGGACUUCUUUUUUAUAUACCCUUCUAAGAUAUCCAAAGUCGCAGCAAUGUGGUUAGUAAUUGGCAUAGGUGUUUUAGCUUAGUUGAUCUCUAGUUCAGGAGGAGAUAAAAGAGCCAGGAAAUGUUGAGAUCAUGCACUUAUGAUGGAAGUCCUGAGACAAAAUGACAACCAGUUGAUUGUGUUCAAGUUAGAAAAUAAGGCUACAUGUGAAGAAAAAAAAGAUCAUGCAUCACCUUUUCCAGAAAAACAGAGCCGAUUUGUAGAUCGUUCGCUGGAUAUGUUCAUGGACGACAAAGCUUCAACUAGAAGAAACCAGAUUAAAUCUGAAACUUCUGAAGCUAUGCUUAAGAUUCCUCCAGAUAGGUCUGGUUUAAUCGAAGAAGAUACUAAAUUAUACUUGGAUAAAGCUGUUGCAUAUCUUGAACAACCAGACACAAAAGUUCUUUCCAACCAUGAAGUAUGCCCUGUUGUGAGAAACAGUCACUUUGAUGAAGGCUUAGUCUCUCGUAAUACUGUUUUGUUUGAGCAUAAUGAGGUCAAAGAUAUCUCUGCAAUAAAUAAGAAUAGUGAUCUAAAUGGACAAGUCAUAGUGUGUCCUCUGAACUCCAUACAAAAUUUGAAGCAACAAACAGCAAUCGAAAAGUCUACUGAGGAUCAAAACUCUCCUAAAUUAAUCGUAUUUGAUGUAAAAACAAGGACACCUGACCUGGUCAAAAAUCACAAAUUUUCUCCAAAUAUUACUUUAGAAGAGUUGCUCUUGCAAGAAGGUUCUGACAAAGAUCACUGCCAAGUGGAUGCAAUCUCCUUGGACUUCAGCAGAAAUCACAAACAUUGUAUUGAUCAUGAGAAAAUCGAGAAGACUAAAACUGAAGACGCAUGCUCCAUGACAACAACUUCAUCCAUUGACCACGAGUCCAAUGAGAACACUGGAGUCGACAAGUAUCCUUCUGUUGAUACAUCAGAGUUUUUGAGAGAGGGAUGUUCUACAUUCCCUGAAAUGACUUUUGAAUCCACUAGUUCUGACCACAGUGGAACUGAAAGCAUUCCCUAUGCCGGGGUGGAGCUUAUUGUGUCUAAAGCAGAAGCAGCAGUUGCCAUGGAUAAAGGGGAAAUUAGAGAUGGGCAAGAGCCAUUGCAGGUUCCGAACCUUACCUUUAAUUCCACAAGUACCAAUCACAGUAAAACUGAGGGAAAUCUUCCUGAUGUUCCGGUGAACCGUCCCGUGUCUGAAGCAGAAGCAAUGGCUGUCAGGGCGGAGAAAGGAGACAACACAGACUUUCAAGAAUCCUUGAAGGUUCCAAGUCCUACUUGUGAUUCCACACUUGAUGACCACAGAGAAACUGAGGCUAAUGUUCCUGUUGACGAGGUGGAACUGAUUGUGCCCGAGGUAGAACCAACAGCUGCCGUCAAGGAGAAAAAAGCAAACACAAUUUGUCAAGAAUCAUUACAUGUUCGAAAGUUUUCUGUCCCUCAAUUGGCCGUUCUUGAUGCCACAGCUGAUCCGCCACGAAGUUCCUUCUCUCACAGUUAUGGUGCAGACUUGAUUAUUUCUGGUCCAAGAACAUCUUCAGAGCAUAUUCCAUACUCUGGUAGCAUUUCUAUGCGUUCUGAAAGCAGCACAACGAGUACUCGUUCCUUUGCCUUCCCAGUAUUACAAAGAGAGUGGAACACUAGUCCAGUGAAAAUGGCUAAAGCUAGGAAGCAUCGAUGGAGAUUCGGACUCAGUUGCUGUAAAGUCUAAACAUAUAUUUGUCAUCAGACUUUCAUUUUAUUAUUUUAUUAUUUUAUUUUUUUUAAUUAUUUAUGAUCUCCAUAUGGCCUUAUACCUUAGUGAGCACUAAUAAAGCGAGUGUGUGCCCAAGUGAUUUUGUUAAUUCCUCUACUAUGGAUUAAAAA